CCUGUAUUUGGCUGCUGUUAAAGGCGAAAACUUUUCCACUACAAAGAAAAACAAAGUGCUUAAAAAUCCAAUCUUUGAAUCUUCGUGGGUAGAAAUCUUUGAAUCAGACCCACCAUUUCCAUUUUUUCUGCAUUCCCAUUUCAAGAAAAUAUUCAGAAACUUCUCACUAGAAUUCAAACUAACUCCCCUUCCCCUUCUUGCACGCCUGCUCCUUCGUAUUUGAAGGUUUAGAAGACUCUAAUAGUCAAUUCCAUUACUCCUAUACAUAUAUAUAGGUGUGGAUUUGUAUCAUUAUUGCAUCCACACAUCACAAAUAAUAGAUAUCUGACUUCAAGAUUAACCUAGGGUUCCUCAAUUUUUGGUGGGGGAGUGAAAUUUGAUGGGAUUAUCUCUCUCAUUGCUUGUAUCAGCUUGGCAAGAAACUGUGAACCAUAGGCUUUUCAAUUUGGCUUUUGGUGUUGAUUUUGGGGGUGGAAAAAUGUUGAGAACCAAUAGUUUUGGGAAAUCAGGAGGGUCUGUGGCCAUGACCAUAACAAAAGGGCUUAACACCAUGACCAGGAAGAAUUCCAUAAAAUUGAUCAACUGUGAGCCUGUUAAACUGGUUCUUGAAACCUCACUUUCAUUCAAGGACUUGGUUCAAGAUAUAAGGAAAUCAGAUGGUGCUAAUAAGUUGGUGUCUGCUGUUGAUCUCCCGGAGCCUGCUGUAAUGUUCUCCCCGCACCCUGUUAGUGAGCUGGAUGCAGCUGCAGUGAAACUCCAGAAGGUGUACAAGAGCUACCGGACUAGGCGAAACCUUGCUGAUUGUGCAGUUGUUGUGGAGGAGCUAUGGUGGAAGGCCUUGGACUUUGCUGCUUUGAAACGGAGCUCUGUCUCGUUCUUUAACGUCGAGAAGCCAGAGACUGCUGUCUCGCGCUGGGCUAGAGCGCGCACCAGAGCUGCCAAGGUGGGAAAGGGGUUGUCUAAGGAUGAAAAGGCUCAAAAACUGGCACUUCAGCACUGGCUUGAAGCUAUUGAUCCGCGUCAUCGUUAUGGACACAAUUUGCACAUCUACUAUGAUGUGUGGUUCAAGAGCGAGAGCGUGCAGCCUUUCUUCUACUGGCUGGACGUUGGAGACGGGAAGGAAGUGAAUAUCGAGAAAUGCCCAAGAACCAAUCUGCAAAAGCAAUGCAUCACUUAUCUAGGACCAAAGGAGAGGGAAUCGUAUGAAGUCGUGGUUGAGGAUGGAAAGCUUAUGUACAAAGAAAAUGGUAUGUUGGUGGAAACCGUCGAGGGAUCAAAGUGGAUCUUUGUUCUUAGCACAACAAGAACUCUGUACAUCGGGCAGAAGAAGAAGGGAGUUUUCCAGCAUUCGAGUUUCUUAGCCGGAGGAGCCAUCACAGCAGCUGGAAGAUUGGUGGCCCAUGGAGGUGUUCUUGAGGCAAUUUGGCCAUACAGUGGUCACUAUCUUCCCACGGAAGAAAACUUCAAAGAGUUCAUAAGCUUCCUCGAGGAGCACUCUGUUGAUCUUGCAGACGUCAAGAGAUGCGCUACUGAUGAUGACCGUCCUCCUGUUACGAACGAGCUGCCAAUUUCGCGGAACACAUCACAGAGCAACCUCAGCCAACAGGAGAACGCCACCACACGCGAUCAAGACGUUCCAUCAAUGGAGCCACUGCGUGAUCACGAAGAUAAGAUUGGAUUCAACUUUGCCAAGCGUAUGUCGUGCAAGUGGAGCACAGGAACUGGGCCGAGGAUCGGGUGUGUGAGGGAGUAUCCCACGGAGCUACAAACACGAGCACUUGAACAAGUGAAUCUUUCACCGAGGGUGGCGAAUGGAUGCCUUGGCAACUACGGGCCAAUCCCUUCACCCCGGCCUAGUCCAAAGCUUCGACUUUCUCCUAGAGUUUCGUACAUGGGACUGCCCAGUCCGAGGACUCCCAUAGCUGCAGCUAACUGAGGAAGAGAAACACCUUCUUCAAUAAGAGAACUAACUUAAAUCUUUCUUCUUUUAUUCAGUUAAUAAGUUUGUAAAUGUCUCAUUUGCAUGCCAAGUCUUCUUUUUUCCAGUUUUGGCUGCUUUUGACCGUUGCAAACUAAGGAUUAGUGUGAUGUAUUGUUUCAUUUUUUUGGGUGACGAAAUUCAUGUAUGUUAAGAUGUUGGACAAUUCCUCUUGUAUUGAAAUGAAGAAACAAAGCUACAAAAUA